UCAUUAUCGGUGGGAGUCGAUGGAGCCCCAUCUAUGCUGUUCAUAAGUUGCAACACUCCAGGCAGCAAGGACGUCAUCUACAAUAUCUGGUGGACUUGGAGGGGUAUGGUCCCAUGACAUCCUGGAUCCUUUCACCAACUACACCCUAACAAGCCAACCACUUGUUCCAGAGGAUGUCCCAGGAGCCAACGAGGGCAAUUCAACACGUUCAUGUUUGUGGCUGGUUUAGAGGGGAUGUUGUUCCUGAGCUUGACCCUGUUGACCUUUGUUCUUUGUCGAAGACAACUGAAUGUGAACAGCAUAGCUCAGGUCAACCUGUGCAUAAACCUGCUGUUGGUUAAACUCGUUUGGCUCCCAGAGAGUUUUAUAAAUCACAUACGCACAAAUCAGGUGGUGUGUGCAGUGCUAGCAGGCUUUCUGUACUUCUUCAUCCUCUCUUCUUAUACGUGGAUGUUCAUUGAUGCUGUUCUGCUGUUCAUCUCUGCAAAGAACCUCACGAAGAUCAGAUCAAAGCAGAAGGAGAUGCUUGGCUGGAAAUGCAUGACUGUGAUUGGAAAUAUUGUUCCUCUGAUUAUGGGGAGUGUGUCUGUUGCAGUGAUGUUUAAUGAACCCAGCAGUAAAGAUUGCUGGGAAACUAACAACAUUGUCUUUACCGGGACUGUCUGUGUUUCAUUCUUACAGCAAAUGUGAUUCUCUUCAUCGCCAUCUUCAUCACUGUCACUUUCAGUCUGAAAAGGCUGAACAGUGAGAUCUUGCAGAGGACACAAACUCAGGAUGAUAAGAAACUCAUCAUAAGCGUGCUGUUUAAAACCAUGGCCCAUCUUUUCAUCC